AUGAACGUGGAUCACUCCUUCAACAAUUUUUUCGAUACACCAUUUGGUGGUUCCCAGGGCCCGCCUACAGGUUCGUCGGGUUCACUAUUUGGGUUGAAUAACCACGGUGGCCUGAUGAACAACUUGGGUCCUGGGUUUGAAGGUCCGCCGAGAGAACGAAAUGACAGUUUGACACCCAGUCAAACAUUUAGCCUAGGUGGGCCUGCGAUGAACGAUACGAGCUUUGGUCAAACUUCAAAUUCCUCCCGAUCUAGAAAUGAUCGCUCGGUCUCACCGCGAGGAAGGCCACCACAAGGAACGUCCUUGCGUCCUAACCACCAACCCUCUCUCACUUCGCAAACUGGUCGUGUAGGUGCAAGUGGCCCAACUGAUCCAUUGGGACUUCGCAAUGACCAAACAACAAGCCAACCUGAUCUUGGUGUAUACGCGUGUACCCUGGCAACCCAGACGCUCAAAAACUUCGAAGCCAUGUCCUUGCAGGCCGGAUUAGAUCCUGCGUCCCACAAGGUAGCCAUGAUCCAGGCUGAGUUAAUGAUUGCGGCUCAUUAUUCAGGUCUUUGGUGA